UUUUCCCACUAAUCAUCGUUUGAUUUGGUGUAUUUUCAUGUCUCUGCGGAAAGAAACGGUCGCAUAGAAGUUCCAGCUCAGGUGUAGAUGAGAAUGGGCCAAGAAACUUCAAAGAAACCAACAAAAGGUGACUUAUUGGUAUCAUCUGCAGAUAAAGCAGAUCAAAGGUCUGAAAUGCAGGGAUCAUCAGUGGAUCGAUCUUCAAGGUCAACAGAGCAUUUCAAGGUCAAAGAUAACAGUAAUGUGUUUCACCCAGACAAACCAAUCACUUCAGCAGUGGUGACAGACACAGAUGAAAAGUGUGAUAGCACAGAGCAAAGACAGCAUGGAGUAAGAGGUGAAGAAUUCCACAAUGGAAUAGAACAAGGAUCGCAGUUUGUUGAAAAAGACACAUUGGUAGCACAAAGGUCUGGAGCUGUAGCAAUGGACACAGCAGAACAACAAAGGACUGAAGUUGUAGUCAAGGACACAGGGGCAAUGCCACAGUUAGGGACAGAUGGUAAUACACCUGCUUUAUUACACACCAGCAGCAAGGAGCAGUCAUAUGAAGAAGAAGAACCACUCAUUAAGUCACUCUACAAUGGCCAAUGUGUCUUUCCUAGUCAAGAUGGUAAAGAAAGCUGGCAGGAUGAUGAUGGGAAUAUCUCUAAUGUGUUUCCAUCAGAAGAAACUGCUCCAGUCCAGGGUACGUUUGUAGUCAAACCGGUCAAAGAAGAACCACUCUUUGAAAAUAAAAUGAUGUCUGAGGAAUGUCCAGUUAAACCAGUCACAACCAUUACACUUGGUGUGCAAGAUGACAAGGGAGAUAAUCCUGUUAAUGAAGAUGACAACAAUAAUCCGUCCACAACAGAAAAUGAUUGCGGACAACCAUCAACUAACUUGAAUGGCCUUUCUCCCAAAUUACAGGAGGCUUACACUGAGUUUCAGGAUCUUUUCAGUUACGUAAAUGAUCUGAAGUUAUCAAAUAGAAGAAUAAUGAAAAGACUAACAGACGAACAACAGAAAUAUAAAAAGACAACAGAGGAUUCGAAAGCCAAAGUAUCUGACCUGGAGGAGUGUGUUACAAUCCUGGAAGAUCGGGUCACCCAGAGAGAAGGCCAGAUUAGAAAUUUCAAGGGUAUCAUACAAGUCCUUCUACAGAAAGUCUCUCUUCUCUCCUCUGCUCUUGCGGAUAUACCGGGGAACAAUGGCCAAGGUUAUGAGGGACUAUCAUCUGAGGAGGAAGAUGGAGAGGAAGAAAAGGAGGAUUUGGAAAAAAAAUACAUGUUGCCCAAGCCUUUGACUGACAAACCAGAGACUGCAGUUACUGCUCUUAAGCAUCGUCAGACUGGUUACCAAGGUGACAAGGCCGUUACUGGAACUGACAACCGGGUUGACUACGACGAGCCACGAUCAUCAAAAGUGUUAAGGAGAGCCUUGAAGGAAAGAUCCAAAACAAGGAUUACAGGAAAUUCUGGGAAAUCUUCUGAAACUUAUUCAAACACAGGAAUGGUACACCAGAAGGAACAAAAGUUGCAGAAUGUUCAAAAGGAGGAUAAGCCCGCCCAACAGGAAGCAACUAAAAGUGAAGACACUGUAACAACACCAAAAACAAAGGAACCAAGAGGUAGAAAAAAAUCCCCAAGACAAGUUCCAGCUCAGAAUGAAUUCAGAAAUACCUUGACUGAAGUCACCAAUUUGACAAAGGAAUCCAGAAAUACUCCUACACCUUUUAAUAUGGAUAUCAACAGUUGGAUUCAUGAGGCUAAUAUGGAAAUCAUCAAAGGCAGUGAGUCAACCUCUCCGAUUGGACAUGGCCCGAACGUUGUUCUUUGUCUGGACAUCUCCCAGAGUAUGGAAGGAACACCGUUUUUUAACAUGAUCCAGGGUGUACUCAAAUACAUUGAUGGAGUGGAGAACAUACGCCUGUCUCUUGGGUUACAGAUCAAUCUUGCCAUUGUUACAUUUGGUCACAAGACUGCAGUGAUUCACCACCUCACAAAUGAGUUUUCAGUUAUCCGUGACACUGUUAGAAACCUGACCACAGGUGGCACAAGUCCCCUUACUGCUGGCCUUCUGCUGUCUACUGCUGCCUCAAUAGGCCAAGGUAAACAUGGAAUUACAAUAGGUGGAUAUGCUCAGCAUCCUAGAGUCAUAGUAUUCACAGAUGGCCGUGCCACUCUUGAGUCCAGACUCAUUGGGGAGGAUGUUCCACUUGACGGAGAUUUCUCCUGUGAGGUCCUGUGUAACAUGUUGGGUGUAUUAGAAGAUGCUAGGAGAAGGAAGCUCACAAUUUCUUAUGUACCGAUGGGAGAUUUUUUCCCUAGGUACAUGGAACAGGUUGCAGAAAUGACUGGAGGAAAGAGAUAUCCAUUGGACCAGCUUGAUAAGGCUAUCAGACACAAUAAAAACUUUGCUUUUGCUGUGAAGUUGAUGGAAUACAUAAAAGAAGCAACGGGUGGCAACCUUAAGGAUGAAAAUCUCAAUAGACUUGUCUUAACAAGUGUAGCAAGCAACGACCCGUAUGUCACGAAAGACGACGAGGAGGAGAUUUUGGAGAUAGUGAGCAAGGUUGAUGACCUUGAGAAAGUAUCUGACAGUGACUCUGAUGGUGAUGAAGGUCAUCAUGAGUUAGAAGAUGACAUGCUACCCCUAGGAUCAAGAGUCAGACGAGGCCCAGAUUGGUCCUGGAAUAAUCAGGACUCUAACAUGGCUGGGACAGUAGUCAGCCAUAAGACUAAUGGUUGGCUGUAUGUUAUGUGGGACAAUGGCUACCGAAACAAGUAUUGCUAUGGCAGAGGAGGGAAGUAUGACAUUAUACCAGUAGAUGAGCCACGCACUCUUGCAGGAAAAUCAAUCCAAGUAGGAUGUAUGGUUAAAAGAGGACCAGACUGGGACAAGGGAAACGUAGAUGGUGGUGAAGGAAGAAUGGGCAGUGUGAUCCAUGUCUACCCGAACAAUAGGCUUCUGGUACGUUGGCCAAGUAAAGCGAUACUAGAUCAUAAUUACGGCUGUGACAACAAAUUCGAAGUUACAAUGUGUGAUCCAUCAGAACAGCUAGCUCAUAUGAUGGAGGCCUCAUAUGGUGGUGCUACAGCUGGAGCCUCAUUGGGGGCAACAGGUGGAGCCUCAUGGGGGACAACAGGUGGAGCCACUUUGAAGACAACAGGAAGUGAUGAGAAAAGUCGUUCCGUAGAGAAAGAAAAGGAAGACAAAACUGCAGAUACAAAAACUGAUGAUUACAUUGCAAAACUGAACAGACUUAACCAAAGAAACGUAUCCUCAUUAGAAAUGCCACCUGCAUCAGAAUCUGCAUUAUCACAAGUGACUGAAAGCAUUCCUAGUAGGACACAAGACAGGUCUUCAGAAAUACAAGCACCAGUUAAACGGUUGUCCUCUGGGAGACAUCAUAUAGGACGGUCACCUGCUGAAAGUUUACCCAGUGACUUGUCCCAUUCAGAAAAGUCAUCAGAAAGUUCCCAAAUAGAGCACUCUAACCUAACAGACAGACAUUUAACAGACCAUGGUAUUCUUCCUACAGAAGGUGGUAUAGUCACUGCUGGUGUGUCACCUAGAACAGAUAACAUAACUGGUGUUACGGACAACGUAACAGGUGUUACAGACAACAUUACAGGUGGUAAGGACAACGUAUCAGGUGUUACGGACAACAUUACAGGUGGUAAGGACAACGUAACAGGUGUUACGGACAACAUUACAGGUGGUAAGGACAACGUAACAGGUGUUAAAGUAGGAUGUAACCCAUCUGUUGUAAAACUAAAUCCAAACGAUGACCGUGACUCAGAAGAAAAACCAGACCAGCUUGGCAGACAGCCCCACCCAGUAGUAAAACUUGAUUCAAUCCAAUCAGGGGGAUAUUCUGGAGUCAGAAACACUAGCAUGGGUACCACACCACAACCAGAUACUACUAAUGAAACAGCUGGUAAGGUUACGUGGCAAUACAGAGAUGAGUAUGGAGGCUGGAUAUGCUACUCUGAGGAGAACAGCAACAAAAUAGAAAAAACCUUCACCAAGUCGAAAAAAGGAAUGACUGUUAUCAACGGGGGCAAACAUAGAAUCCUGUUGGCCAAAAUGAUGCAGGUCCACACCACUACCAAACACAUGACGUCUGUCAGACGCCAGGUCAACUGAAUGAUUAGACACCACUACCAAACAUAUCAUGGGAUUCUACGUCAUAAUGGCUGCCAGGCACAAGUCAAGAGACGUGUGUCAAGACUGUGGUUACCUUUACAGCGACACAUCGGCUAUCAAAAUCAGUUAUAGAAUAUAAGUCAAAUUGUGUUUGACACAGUAUUUUAAUUGAAAUUACCAACAUCCAUGAAAAAUUUAAAGCUAUCAGUCACAUGUAUGUAUUUAGAUGUUGGACUUACUUAUGUUCCCCCAAACUAAUUGAUUUUACCACCAAUUUUUUCUUUUAUCAUUCCUCCACUUUCUGUCCUAAAGUUUCUGACACUUUUCUCCAAAAUUAUAAGUUGAAUCUUCACCAAAAUUUGAGGGAGUGAUACUGGAUAUGCCCACAAGUUCUGUUUUCUGAUUUGCAAGAUGGCUGCCUUUUUUUGCUUCCUGGUUGCCUUAUAUUUUUUCACUUUGAAGUUUUGUUCUAUUCAUUGAGAUGAGAAUUAGUGGAAAUGGUAUCAAUAGGACACCAGUUUAUGAUGGUGUAAAAGAAAGGAAAUUGACACCAAAAUGACUACCAAAUAGAGGUUUCUGAUUGGUUAAAAUUUAGACAUUGUUCAGUUUUAGUGAAAUAUGGUAGAUACAUGUAGGUGUUGUAUGACUCUGAAACACGUUGGUGAUGUUUGUUUUCUAAUGGGACAUAAUUGCCCGCCAGGCCCCGAUUGUUCAAAGACCAGAUAGAGAUAACCUGUGGUUGGUGGAAAAUUUCAAACAUGAAUUAAACAAGAAAAUUUUUUUAUCGUUUCACAAGUCAGAUUGCUGUAUUUUGAGAGAUAAUUUGCCCUUGAACACUGUUGUAUUUUCAGUGGCAACAAUUUUGAUUUUUCACUGACCACUGGUUAACUCUAACCAACCUUAGAACAACCAGGCUCAGGGAGUCGGUUGAAGGUAGGUAUAUAUCAGGGAUCCCUGCUAGUGUCAGGUUUAUUGUUUGAAGGUGUAUGUGAAUCUGUUUCGCAGACCUUUCUUCCCUAUGUUAAAGUACUUUAAAGCAUUAUUCACAGCUGAAGAAGAAUAGUUUGAUGGACUUAUGUAACGGGUCCCAUGUCAGUUAAUCCUUGACAUUCUAACUGAUGAUAUAAUUUGUAUUGGUAUUUUUUAUGAAACAGAAGAGUUUUCUAAUUAUCUCUUACUGGUGCAUGUUACAUAAUGACUGUGAUAUGAAUGAAGUAUAAUUUAUAUAAAUGUUAUUAAAGUAUGUUUUUAUAUGAUAAUUUUGACAUGGGUACUCCUGUGUAUAAAGAGCUAUUUCAUUUAACC